CUCAUCAAAGAAGGAGGUAUAGGAUAAGUGCAGAAAAAGAAAAGUGGGAGGUGAGAAACAGAUGGUGCAAAGAAAGAGCAAUGACAGUUGAGAUUAUUAUCGUGUAAUGAUAUGCUUUUUGCAGUACGCCCUCGCUCAUUCACGUUCAUUGCUAGGUGAUCGAAACAGACACAGCUCCCCAGGAUGUUAAGAUUCAUCUUGUUUCUGAUUUCGUCUGUUAGAAGUAGUAAUACCUCAUGGAUUUCUGGGAAGCAAGGCCUGCUUCAUUACUAAGGAUUUUAGACAGACCACAAUGGUUAUGCACAAGGGUGAUAAUUUGUGGACUGUUAUAAUAAUACCAUAAAAUACUGCAUUAUCAGGGUUUGGACCAGAAGCAUUGUAUGUUGCAUGUUAACUAAAACGGCGGAUUUUACAUUUAUAGUUAAAGUAGUAACCAGAUGAAACAUCAUAAAUAAAUACUCUAUAUCUCAGAUAAAUUAUUGUAAGUGACAUUAUGGAUGAAACAAUAUGAAAAAAUAAAUCAUGGUAUAUGUUUUCUACUUUCCAAUUAAAUGACCUAUAACAUCUGGUUUCCUCUCCUAGUCUAGAGACUUGCGCUGUAGGCUGAUUGGAAUUUUCCAAAUUGUCUGUAGUGUGUGAAUGUGUGUGUGAGUGGAUGCGCGAUUGUUUGGCUCCAGGCUACCCCACGACCCUGUGUAGGUUAAGCAGUACAGAGAAUGGAUGGAUGACUGAAACAGAACAUUGACUUGGAAAGGGCCAAGAGUAAGGGGAUCAUUAAUUACACCAUAUAAAAUGCCAAGAACAACAAAGACUUGCCUUAAUAGAGACAGAGAGACUUAAUAACAGAAAGACAGAGCCUUACUAAUUUGCCUUAACAGAGACAGAACUAUAUGCAUAUGGCAUAUUGAUGGCGUAACUGUUUCAGAUUUUCUUAUUAUGUUAUACACCUUUAAGAUAAUUUUAUAAACAGAUAACUGUUAAUUAAAGUUACACAAUAUGCACGAUUCCCACAAUUCCAGGUGAAAGAUACAUAUUAAAGGUACAAAAGGUAAGGGUACCUCCCCAGCAACAAGGAAAUGUGUAAUUUAGUAAGUAAAUAUAGGACACUUAUAUUUUACUUAUAUUACAACUUCAUUUUUUAGAGAAUGUAAAAUAUUUUGAUUUCUUUUAACUAUCCGUAUUAGAACAUACAGUGCAGUAUGGUGGUACUGAAAAAUAUCUAAUACUACAAUACUACAGAACCGGUGCUGUAUUUCCAGAGUUUAAGGUUAUCUGAUAUGACAUUGGUUAAGGAUAAGAUUAGCCUUAAUUUGUUAAUUUAAAGCAUUCUGUAUGAUAAAGCUUUCCUGUUAUGGUAAGAGGCGUAUAAAAGACCACAGGCACCAAACGAACUUACAACCUCAACUAUAACAGGAAACUACUGCAGUGCCAUAAAAUGUUAUAUUCGAUUGUUAUAAUGUAGCAUCUUUAAAUUUUAGAACAUUAAAAUGAACAAUAUUCAAGGGUUAUAAUGUCAGAAUGUUGCAAAAAUAAAAAGUGCUAUGUUAGGAUGUAAGUAACUACAAUGUAUCGAUUUUGGGCAUUAUUAAAAAAAUUGUAAUUACUAUUAUCAAUUGUAAAAGAGACUGAAAAAUUUUUAGAGUAUUAUAUUUUAGUAUGUAGCAUAUUUGAAUUUUUGAAUUGAAUUGUGCAUUUUUGUAGUUUCUUGCAGUUUUGCAGUUUCAGGAUGUUAAAGUGUAGAUAUAAAUAUUAUUAUUGUUACUAGAGAAUGACCUAGUAUAGAAUUAAUCACAGUUCACAUUACAGUACUAAAUUAGAAUAUUGUAGCACUGUAACAUUGUCACAGUGUUAAAAUAUUAUGACUGCUUAAAAUAUAUAGACAGGUAUACACGUAUGUAUGUAUGUAUGUAUGUAUAUAUGUAUGUAUGUAUGUAUUGUUGUUGUUGUUGUUAAUAUUAUUAUUAUUAUUAUUAUUAUUAUUAUGACUUGCACAUUAAAAUACUUUGUAUAGAGGCAUAAUUAAGAUGUUAACCUGUCAUAUAUUAGAAUGUCAGGUUGCUCAGUAUUCUCAUAGGCUGGAUCGAGUUGUCUGGGGCAACAGCAGGCAAUACAGUGUUACCACUGGCCCACAACAACAACAUGAGCUGUCAGAAAGGGUUAUUACAGCCGAGUGAAUCCGACAGAGGGAGGUAGGAGGAGAGAGUGGCAGAGAGAGGGAGAGAGAGUGAAAGAGAGAGGGAGGGGAGGAGGAGAGCUAGGGUUGAGGGCUGGGUGAGUGUGUGGGAGUGCUGUACCAGAGAGCGAGAGAACGAGAGGACGUUGGCGGGAUUCAAAAGAGAAAGAGAAAGGCAAAGAGAAAGACUGGAACAAGCGUGCACACGGACAUAGUCGAAAGCGCGAGGAUCGUGGGUGUGUGCGUGUGAGUGUGCGCAGCGCAGUGCACGUGUGUGUGUGUGUGCGCGCGUGUUGAGUUACAGUGAUGUUGGAGCACUCAUCUGAACGAGGCUUUGUGCCUAGUGUGUGUGUGGAUGGCAUGCGCUACUCCUCCACCACCAACAACCCCAUCACCAUGAGGACCAGUGAGGAGCUGCUGCUGAGUAACGGCACAGCUGGGAAGAUGAACGGAGCUCUGGAGCAUUCGGAUCAGCCCGAUCCAGAUGCAAUUAAGAUGUUCGUGGGUCAGAUCCCUCGCUCCUGGUCUGAGAAGGAGCUGAAGGAGCUGUUUGAACCGUACGGUGCCGUCUAUCAGAUUAACAUCCUGAGAGACCGCAGUCAAAACCCACCACAGAGCAAAGGAUGCUGUUUUGUCACAUUCUACACACGGAAAGCUGCUCUUGAGGCCCAGAACGCCCUCCACAACAUCAAAACCUUAACUGGGAUGCACCAUCCCAUUCAGAUGAAGCCUGCAGACAGUGAGAAGUCAAAUGCGGUGGAGGACAGGAAGUUGUUUAUCGGCAUGGUGUCAAAGAAGUGUAACGAGAAUGAUAUCCGGGUCAUGUUCUCUUCCUUCGGUCAGAUUGAGGAGUGUCGCAUCCUGAGAGGGCCGGACGGACUUAGCCGAGGAUGUGCGUUUGUCACGUUUUCUACCAGGGCUAUGGCACAGAAUGCAAUCAAAGCCAUGCAUCAGUCUCAGACCAUGGAGGGAUGCUCCUCCCCCAUGGUGGUGAAGUUUGCCGACACUCAGAAGGAUAAGGAGCAGCGGCGGCUGCAGCAGCAGUUAGCUCAGCAGAUGCAGCAGCUGAACAGCGCCUCCGCCUGGGGCAGUCUGACCGGCCUGACCGGCCUCACCCCGCAGUACCUGGCAGUAAGAGGCCACACCCACUCGGCCACGCCCAUCAGCACCACAUUGCUACAGCAGGCAACCUCGUCCAGUAAUCUAGGAGCGUUCAGUGGGAUCCAGCAGAUGGCAGGUAUGAACGCUCUGCAGUUACAGAAUCUGGCCACUCUAGCAGCGGCCGCCGCGGCAGCUCAGAGCUCGGCCAGCCCGUCCACCGCUAGUGCCCUGACCUCCAGCACAGGCUCCCUGGGAGCCCUGGCCAGCCCAGCAGCAGGCUCCACUGCUAACUCGAGUGCCGGAGCGAUGGGUUCUCUCGGCUCUUUGGGAACCCUGCAAGGCCUCGCCGGGGCCACCGUGGGCCUCAACAACAUUAAUGCACUAGCAGGUAGCGUCAACAUUGCUCACAUGCUCUCAGGUGUGGCUGCCCUGAAUGGCGGCGGCUCGGCCGGCCCCAUGGAUGCCCUCACUCAGGCUUACUCAGGAAUCCAGCAGUACGCCGCCGCCGCCCUGCCCACACUCUACAGCCAGAGCUUACUGCAGCAGCAGAGCGCCGCCGGGAGCCAGAAAGAGGGACCAGAAGGGGCAAACCUUUUCAUCUAUCACCUGCCACAGGAGUUCGGGGACCAGGACAUUCUGCAGAUGUUCAUGCCUUUUGGAAAUGUAGUGUCGGCCAAAGUGUUCAUCGACAAACAGACCAAUCUGAGCAAGUGCUUCGGUUUCGUCAGUUAUGACAAUCCCGUGUCGGCACAAGCAGCCAUUCAGGCGAUGAACGGGUUUCAGAUCGGAAUGAAGCGCCUGAAGGUGCAGCUGAAGCGCUCUAAGAAUGACAGCAAGCCCUACUGAUCUAAUUGCUAGGGCCACUCCUCUCUGUCCCUACACUGCUAGGAAACUCAUCUCCAUGACUCUUUGCUCAUCGUUUGCCUAGCAUGUCUACGUGGCGUUCAAAAAAAAAAAAAAAAAGUCUCAUCGUCUCGUCAUUGUCUCCGAUGUCUUUCUGAGUUCUCCUGAUCAUAAUCUGGUCUCCUCCUACUGAUCUCUCCUCGACUUUGAUCUUAGCUUGAUCUUUGUUGGGUAUUUUUUUUUUUUUGCAUGUGACCUCAUUUGGAGCUUUUAACUGUUUUUCUGUUUUUGACCUUUUUUUGUUUGUGUUCUUUCUCUUUUUAUUAUAACAGUUGGGGGAGGGAUGGGGGAAAGAAGGAAGGAAAAAAAUAAUAACAAAUGUGAAAAAGCUAAAGCGCUAAAGCUGCGUUCACACUCGCAAAUAGGUAGAGUCUAUUUAAUAGUAUAACCCGAAGCGUCGUCAUUUUAAGAAGCGCUGUUUUUAACAUUUCACAAAUGUAAUAAAUAAAAAACAAACCUGUGGCAAAGAAAUUAAAAGAAUUUGCAUCGUUUGCUAGCUUAAGAUUUUGCUUAUGAUUUGCUUUACAUUUCAUUUUUGUUUCUUUCAUUCAUUUAAAGUAAACUUGAAAGUACAAUACAGGGAUUGGCUUCGGGACUUCCUGUCAGCGCGUUUCGCAGUAUGAGACGUGCAGGUAGACCGAGCUGGUUUCUACGAGAACUAGACUACUUCCAAGCAGUUUUAAUAAAAAAAACUGUCUAAUUGAACUUAAGAGUCUCUCAGAGCGAGCUUGUGGUUUUUACAUUUUUCAGGCAGUGUAAAGUUUUUUGAUAAGGCCAUUUGAAGUGGCUCGGUUUCUCAUUAAAGUCUAUAUAAAACCACUUUUUUCUAGAGUAGUAAAGGUAUUAAAAAAAAAAAAAAACAAGAAAAAAGAGUGCCCUGUUUGGGGGAAAUGCUACCUACAUGUCACACCUUUUUGCUGAACUGAUCUACCGUUAGACAAUCCGUGGUAUAAAUGCACAUGAAAUGACCUAUAUUUUAUACUGUUUAAAUGUAUAGAGGAAAAAAAAACAACAGUUUGUGUGACCCGCGUUCCCGUCGGUGCUUUUUGUGGAUUGAGUCGUGGUUUCAUCACAAGUCUAAUAGUCUUAUUCGUCUUGUGUUUUUAAAGAGAAGACUAAAAAUCGGUUUACUUGAACAUAGACAAAAAUCCUAUCAUAGUACUAUUGCUACUAGAGUAUACCUGUUUUGUUUUUUUUUGUUUGUUUGUUUGUUUUUUUUCUUUCCUUUUUUAAGAGUCCCUAUUUGAAAUUUCUUGUCGGGUAAUUAGCUAUAUAAACCUUUUACAAUGUCAGCUUGUGAAGCAUCAAUGUCAUUAUUCUUAUUAUUUUGAAUUUCGAUUGUGGGAAACAAUAUUUAGAUGUGUUGUUGCGUUCAGCGAAAUUGUAAUUUUUUUUUUCUUACAAAGGAAACACAAAAAAAAAAAAAAAAAAAAAAAAAACAAGAUGAGUGGACUUUAGUGCCAAAAUUCUGACGGUACAUCCUGCCUACAGCUUCAGUGUAUUACUUGUGAAAUGAUUUGAUAACAUGGGUAUUUUAUUACGUAAGUGUUUUGUAUCCCUCAUAUUUAAGGAUAUAGAUUUAAAAAAGCGGUUGUUAACUUGCUACUCUGUGGUCUUGUUGCCUGAACUGUUCACGUUUUUGCUUUCAUUUUUGUAAAGAUGUAAAAAGUGCCCAUGUGUCAUUCUCUCUCUUGUUCUCUCUCUCUGUCUCUCUAUCUCUCUCUCUCUCUUUUCUCUCACACACUCUCACACACAUGCACGUGCACAACCAUACACACACACCCACAUGCACGCAUACACACACCUGUGCUAAAGGUUGACCUCACAGCCCUCUUUUCUUCGAUGGUGUGUGUAUGUGAGCCCCCUGAGCACGAGUCUCAGCAGCACACACACCUACACACAUGAAUUGGCAUCGUAUCGCUAACCUGAGUAGCCAAUCGAAAUCAGAGAUGAGCUGUAAAGAGGCGUGUUGCUCAUUGCCAGGCAUGUGUCGAUAGUAAAGUUUCAUAUCAUGCUACAAUUAUUUGUUUGUCACCAUAUUGCUUUUUUUUUUUUUUUAAAUAGAGAACAUGUUUACAUGGUGUCAUGGGGCUGCAUUUUAACCAGCAUCUGAUUCUGGAUGCAUUUUUACACCAAAUCAUGUGAUGAAAUGUCACAAAAGUGCAAAACGUUUGCAGAUUUCUGUUCACAGAGAUCGCACCUUCCUUUUUUUUUUAUUAUCUGAGAAGAAGCUUACAUCACCUAAAUGUAUUCACCUAAAUUAAUUUAAAAAAUGAAAUAAAUAACCAGCACUUGGUUUGUUGAACAUGGGCAGAGACACAUACUCUCAUAAGAAUGGUGCGGUAAUUGGUUUCGCAGAUCGAAUUCACGCUAAUGCAGGGGUUAGCAGCAUCCCGGAGAAAACAACAGAUGAAUUAUCGAGAGCAGCUCAACCCCUGAGCGUUUGGCAUCGUGUACGCUGUCUGGCACAUAAACGACACAGUUUAUUGGUUGAUGAGCUUUUCACUUUACAUGGUGCCAUCACAGUAUAGCACUGUCAUUCUCAAUGUUCAGCAGGCGUUCACAGUUUAAUAUCUCAUCGUGCAUCAUUGUUGGAAGAAAAAAAAGACAUUUCUUUUGUAUCAGUAGGGCUUCACAGUUUACAGUCAGUUCAAACUUUCUGCUUUAACUGCUCUAAGAGGGACAGAUGUACUGAAGCUUAAAAGACACCUGUGCAUAUGCUGCCUUCUAAAGAGGAUGGACUUUAUCUCAGAAGCACAAACACUGCCCAGAAAUGCCUACCCACCUCCCAAAUUAGACACAGGGCUAGUGGCGAUAAUGUUAUACGUCCACUCUAGCAGUAGCGUGUUAGGAGUUAUCGGCACAUGCCUGUUUGCCUCGUGCUGCCUCUCUCUGCUUCUUCAGGUCUUAAAGCACCCUGAUGCCAAAGGAGAACUCACCCGUCCACAGUACCAUAUUUCCCAUUGCACUUUUGUCAAAAACGUUUACACGUGUUGUAAAUGGCCCGUAUACAAUCUUGUUUACAGACGUGGUUUACAGCCGGCCCCCCCUAAAAACCCCUGUUUACUUCACUAAAGCACUAUUUUCUACCCAAAUCCUGCCGUUGCCUUAACAUGACGCUCAGUAUUAGUGGGGUGGAAUAGGCUGCUGCCUGAGUGCUGCCAAGGUUAUUUGUGCGUAUGUGUGUGUGUGUGUGUGUGUGUGUGUGUGUGUGUGUGUGUGUAUGUAUGUUUUGUCCCAAUAAUACACCCAAGGUAUUACCUUACCAACAAAACUGGAACUGCCAAACACAGAGCUGCAGGGAGGGACAUCCUUCGAGAGAAUCUACGGCAUGGUUAAGACAUUAUGUCUUCGCUGUUAGCCAGUUGCACAAGCACAAAAAGCACACACACAUGCCAAACCAAACUGUUAGCACAAUGACGACACGCAGUAUUACAAGUCAGCGUCCUGACGGCUCUACCAGCUCAAAGGAUGUGAUGUCCAUUCUAAUGAUUUAUUACAUACUGCCAUGUCAGGAUAUACACACUACCAUGAUUUUCUUCUGGUUUAAUCACUCACUUUCAGUAAGCGAUCGAUCCUGCGAACACUGGGCAUGAAGCGGGAAUACACCCUGAACAGGACUCCAGUCCAUCGCAUCUUCAGUGGUUUAAUAGUUUAAUUAGAACAAGAUGUAUUUCUUUUAAGAGCACACAUACAUCGAUGCACAUGUAUUUGUGUUCAGUUUAGUGGCUUAAAUAGAAUUUGAAGAAUAUUUUAUUAUCUAAACAAACAAUAAUAAUUAGACUAAAAGAUCUGCUUCUUAAGUGAAUGUAGAAAUUGUCAGAAAUUGUUUUGACUUGUAUACUGGCGUAUUAUAAAACUCUCACUAAAUGCUCUAACAUAGAAAUGAGCUGAGACUGAACAUGGGUAAUAUUGUAAUAUUGGCACAUGGAUCAUUUGUAGUUUCUCUAAUAAAAACACACUUGCAUAACCUGCAGAUGGAAAAACAACUGUUAAUGAGAACCAUUAAGAAGUCACGCACCACGUUUCUGAGCAAGCAAAGGUCACCCACGUGCAAAAUGAUGAUUAAUGAAUGAUUACAAUGUAUUGUUAAAACAGAUAUAUAUUAUAGAUAUAGAGCAUUUAAAAACUUUUGACUGGCAGUGAUAUAUGCUAUAUUUGCUAUAUAUUGCUAUCUCAGUAUAAAUAUAUAUGAUAGAGGUGUGUGUGAUAGUCAUAAGAGCUGGCUGACACUUCAGCACUGUUUAAUAACGGUGUGUUACCCACCAUUGUGGAUUUCCACUCAUGACUUUGGAGUGUGUAACGCCUGUUAUACAGGUGUGUCCUAAAGCACAAGACAACGAGAAGCUGAUUUCUUGGCAUCAACAACAAAUGAGUAGAAGCAAUUUUCAGACUGGGUCAGCCUGCAAAGUAUUCUGGGUUGGUUUUGUUCCUGAAAUCUAGUGAUGUCAACUGAUUCCAUCCUUCACGCUACCAAGGGCUCAUCCUCAUCUUAACAAACUUCACUCCAGCUGAUAAAGUAGUGGCACUGCCCUUCAGAUGGCGACAGCGAUUCAACCGAGGUGCUCUGGCGAGGAGGAUUUAAUGAGGGCGUGUUAAAAGCCGUGUUGGAACAAGGCCAAGAUAUUUUUUUAGUUGAUAGUGAGGAGAAUGAUGGAGAUGGAGUGUCAACACUUUCCCCAAUAUCGCUGCACUAUGAUAUGGUCAAAUGGCAGGAGGUUAAACCAACAAAUUGUAAUCUCUUAUGUCUCCCAUUGUGUGUGUGUGUGUGCGUGUGUGUGUGUAUGUGUGUGUGCAUGCAUAUGUGUAUCAACUUAGUCUGCUUUGCCACUAUCGAAUCAAACAGGGUAAGAUUUUGCGAUCUCGCUACGCACACAAUCCCCGACACACUCCAUUUCUUACACACACACACACACACACACACACACACACACACACACAUUAGAUGUUUAGUAAAGCACAAACUCGUAAGGGUCUUUGCAGAUGUGCUUGCUGAGGCUCUAUACUCAGGGGUUUUCUUCACCACACACAUCUUCUCUUAAAUCUGUUUGUUCUUUCUGUUUUUGCUUUCUCUUAAGUGCUAUUUAACAACAGUGUAUUUUACAAGAAAAGUGGAGUUUCUUUGCAUUUUUCGCUUAUUAUGUCAAGUUUUUUGGACAAAAAAAUAAUACUGUAUGUGUGUUGAUCUGAUGUGCCGUAUAAAAAAAAAAGCUUGUUGUCUGUAGAUUAAUAUCAUUUUGUUUGAUUCUAAAAGGAUUUGAAUAGUUUUAAGUAUUGUCUUGAGAAAAGCCAAAGUCAAUGCAUUUCAGUGGAUUAUGUAAGCGUGGUACAUGUUUGUUUGACUCCUUGGAAUCUGUCAUUGGAUGGAAUUUAAAAAGUACAAAAAAAAUGCAGGCUUUCCUAUUUCUAAAACUGAUUGUACUUAUGCCUUUUGUACCAGUGCAACUUUUUAUACUGGCAAUUAAAGAAAAAAAAAACAAAAAACAAAAAAACCUACUGAGAGUCUGUCUGACCCGGCACAGGGGUCGGCCAGCGGCUGUUCCCGAGUUUUGAUUUCUAAGUUGGCAUCCAGGAUGGUUAAGUUUUAAUAUAAAGAUUUUCUAGAACUUUGGCUUGGUAUCUUUGACCUUUGACAUCUUCUUGUUCUUCUUCACUUCAGCGUUUGGUUUCCUUUAUCUUUAUCUCUUUGUUUUCUUUUGUUUUUGGAAAGAGGGUCGGGAGUUUUCCUUUUGGCUUACAAGUACUUAAAAAACAAGUUUGUCUUUUUCAAAGAGUCUUUACGAAGGCGGUAAGUUUCAUUUUGUUCAGUAUAUUGUGCAGUCUCCAUGAUAAGACGAUUUAGACGAUUUAGAAGUAUUUAGUCCCCUUCAGUGGAUAAAUGUAUUAGUUUGACAAAGAGAUAAAACAAGUAAUUUGAGGACUUUUGCUUUUAGCUGUUUAGAUUUUUCUGGUUUCUCUGUCCUUCGCUGUUAACCUAACUGUGUAGCUGAAACAGUCAGACUUAUUUUUGUAAAUGUACGUUCUUGUGUGAUGCAGUUUUUUGCUUCUGUCUCCGAUAUUAAAUCAUUUUUCCUAA